GUUGUUGUUUAAAUCGGAUCUACACACACACACACACACCUGCGCGAUAAUAUUUGAUCUUACAGAAGAAGAUUCUUUGUCUCUUUGAUAAAUUCUCGGAGUAAGGAGGAAUCUGUGUCCGGGGGGAGUUUGAGCUAUGUGGAGUUCGAUUGCCAAUUUGAAGGAGAAUUUGAACAAGAUCGCCCUCGAUGUCCACGAAGACGACGAAGAUCUCACCAUUUAUGGGUCCACCAAUGGCGCCGCCGGAGCUGAUUUCCUGGCAUCUGAUCGGAGGAGUUCUAAUGGAUUUAGGUACUCGAGGUCUCCAAUGGCCAAUGGUGUCGAAACGCCUGUUAAUCAUGAGAUUGAGAGAUAUAAAGCAGAGAUCAACAAGCUUCAAGAAUCAGAAGCAGAAAUCAAAGCUCUUUCUGUAAAUUAUGCGGCUCUUUUGAAAGAAAAAGAGGAUCAGAUUUCCAGAUUGAAUCAGGAGAAUGGCUCGUUGAAACAGAAUUUGACUUCAACUAAUGCCGCUCUCAAAGAGUCGAGAAUGGAUCUUUCCAGGGCAUCAAACAAUAUUGCUAUCAAGGGAAACAGUGAUCAUUCGCCCAACAGGUCACAGAAGUCCCCGACAAAUUGGAAAAGUCGGAACCAAAUGUACAAUGGCAUUGCCUCCAAACAAAACGGGACUGAGAACGAUUCCGAGUCGCAUAAAAAAGAAAAGGAGUUUGCAGAUAUGCUUGAAGAGAGAACCAGGUCGAUGGCAUCUGCCCAGGCUAGAGAACUUGAGAAAGAGCGAGAAAAAUCAGCAGUUCUUCAGAUUUCACUACAGGAGGGGCAGAAACAUAAUGAAUCUUUCAAGGAAGAACUCCAGUCUCUGAGGUUAGAUAAAGAAAAAACGCUAAUGGAGAGCAACAAACUACGUAGUCAAUUGGAUGCAAAAUUGGCUGAAAUCAAACUAUUGCAGAUGAAGUUGAGUGGUCGGGAGCAGCAGGCUGUUGGAAUUUCCAUAGAAAAUCUAAAAGAGGUUAACAAAGCUCUGGAGAAGGAAAAUAAUGAGCUUAAGUUGAAACGAAGUGAAUUAGAGGCUAUUUUGGAAGCAAGCCAGAGUUCAACAACUAGGAAACUCUCCCCAGAGGACACAGAGGCACUUAGUAGACAUCAUAGUAGUUUGGACAAGGAGAAGCCUGGAAGCUUUCCUGGGAAAGAAGAUAUGGAGAAAUCUUUGCAGAGGCUGGAAAAGGAGUUGGAGGAAGCACGAAGAGAGAAGGAUAAGGCAAGGCAAGAACUGAAACGGCUUAAACAACACCUGUUAGAAAAGGAAACUGAGGAGUCUGAGAAAAUGGAUGAAGAUAGUAGAUUGAUUGAAGAACUCCGCCAGACCAAUGAAUAUCAAAGGUCUCAGAUACUAGGUUUAGAAAAAGCUCUUAGGCAGGCAAUGGCUAAUCAGGAGGAAAUUAAGUCGAGCAACGACCAUGAAAUCCGGAAAUCAAAGGGUACAAUUGAAGACUUAAAUCAAAAGCUUGCGAAUUGUUUGAGAACAAUAGAUUCCAAAAAUGUGGAACUUUUAAAUCUUCAAACUGCUCUUGGCCAGUACUAUGCUGAAAUUGAAGCUAAGGAACAUUUUGAACGAGAGCUUGCAGUGGCUAAAGAAGAGGCAAUGAAACUCUUAGCUCGUCUGAACGACAAUGCAAAAGUAAGGCGUGUUCUUGAGCAGAGCAUGACUAGGCUCAACAGAAUGUCCAUGGACUCCGAUUUUCUCGUUGAUAGGCGUAUUGUUAUUAAGUUGCUGGUUACGUACUUCCAAAGAAAUCACAGCAGAGAGGUCUUGGACCUAAUGGUUCGAAUGCUUGGAUUCUCAGAGGAAGACAAACAGCGAAUAGGAUUAGCACAACAAGGAGCCGCGGGUAAAGGUGUAGUUAGAGGCGUACUGGGAUUACCUGGUCGCUUAGUCGGUGGCAUCUUAGGAGGUGGUGGCGGCGGUUCACCAGCGUCGCAUCCUAAUAUAGCUUCAGAUAAUCAGUCUUUUGCAGAGAUGUGGGUUGAUUUUCUACUUAAAGACGCGGAAGAGCGAGAGAGAAGAGAAGCAGAGGAUGCAGCAAACAAAGAGCAAGAGAAGGCUACUAAUACUACUACUACUAUUACGCAGAGGCCACUUUAUGAGCAAUCUGAUUCGGAGUUUUCAACGGUGCCUCUUACAUCAUCGGAUAGUAAUCACAGGCUCUCCAGAUUACUCACUUGACCCAGAUUGGUAUAUACUCUUCUUAUACACGUUUUGUAAGAAUCCGAAUAUCUUGCGUCUUGUGUUGUAAUUAUCUCUCCCACACCUAUAUUCCAUUAAUUCUUUUCCUAUACUAGAUUUGGAGAAAUUAAAAACAAAAAAAAAAGUCUGAAGCUGUUUUUUCUUGUGAUGUACUGUAUUAUAUACCAUUUAUAAUGUUAAUUACUUUAUUUUCACCU